GUUGUGAGUGAACUCGUUUUUAAUUUCACGAGCAGUUUUUUUUAAAGGAGCAAAAAAAUUAUCAAAGAUAAAAAUAUUAAAAGUCAAUAUAAUUUCAAAGACAAACUCUUAAUAGCAUUAAAUUGUUCAUGUUUUGAAAAAUAAAAAAAAAAUGAUUUAUGUUGACGAAAAUAUUACUCCAGUAGAUGAUGUAAAUACACCAUUUGAAUAUCGAGAUGUAAAAAUCAAAAAUGACGAAAAUCCAUUGGAUAAAUAUAUAAUUCUUCCUGAACUAGGUCGAGGAUCAUUUGGGACAGUUUUCUACUGUAAAGAAAGACAAAAUAACAUGGAAUUAGCUGUGAAAGUAGUAGGAUAUAAAAAGAAAAAAGAGAAAAUAAUGAUGGAAACAGAAAUUAAUAUUCUUGCAUCUCUGCAUCAUCCAGCAAUAAUUGUUAUUUAUGAUGCUUUUGAUUAUGGAAAUAAACUUUAUUGUUUCAUGGAACUGAUACAAGGAGGUGAGCUUUUUGAUAGGGUCAUUGAAACGGAUUUUGUUCUAACUGAGCGAGCUUGCGCUUGUUUCAUCAGACAAAUUUGUGAUGCUGUUGAAUAUAUGCACAGUAAAAGGAUUAUUCAUCUCGAUUUGAAGCCUGAAAAUGUUCUAUGUAUCUCGAAGCAAGGAAAUCGAAUUAAAAUAAUUGACUUUGGUUUUGCUAGACGUUAUAACCCUAACAAGAAUUUGCAAGUUAUGUUUGGUACAGCUGAGUUUUCAGCACCCGAAGUUGUCCUUUUUGAAGAUAUCGGUCCUUUUACGGAUAUGUGGAGUAUUGGGGUCAUAUGUUAUGUACUACUUUCUGGUUUAAGCCCAUUCGUUGGAGCUGAUGAUUACGAGACAAUGACAAACGUUUCAUUCGCUAAAUAUUCAUUCGAUUAUGCUCCUUUUAAUGAAAUAUCAUCGGUCGCAAAAGAUUUUUUAGCGGAGCUUUUAGUAAAGGAAUCAUCAAAUAGAAUGACGGCUAAAAAUGCAUUAAAACAUGAGUGGCUUAUCCAACUGGACUCUUUGUCUCCUGGCGUUACACUGUCGUUGACAAAAACGAAAUUAAAGCGAUAUGUGAUUUUGAGACGAUGGAGGAAAGCUGCUCUUUCAGUAAUUUUUAUUAAUAAACUAAAUAAGUUUAGUAAUUCACACUUUUUAAAAAAUUGUCAAAUAUAAAUUGUGUACAAAUAAAGAAAGAAUCC